AUGGACACGCCCGAUGAUAGCGAGCUCUUGCCUGACGACCAGAAGCUUCUGGCAUCACUGAGAAGCUUCCUGGUCCGGAAAAACGCACGAAUACGACGGCAGGCUGGCGAUUCUCGCGGCGACCUGGCCGAGCAGGUGCGCCAGCAACGGCAUGAGAUCAUUGAGUUGCGCAACAAGUGCCGCAUGCUGGAACAGAAGCUCAGGAUGUAUGAGCAGAGCAGUCCAAAACACGCCAUCCUGGUCUCCCCGAAAAAGAUCCAGCUAUCACCUCUCAAGGCACAGCAGCACUCGCCAACGUAUUCUGCGCUUUCUGGCACGGAAACCGAGGACUCGGAGUUCAACACGCCGCGAAAACUGCGACUGGUCGGCACGGCGGCUGUGCUGACGGCGAGUCCCUCGAAGAAUGGUUCGGCACUUGACGACUGCGACGAAGAAUCAAUAAAAGUGCUAAAACAGAGCAGCUCGCAGCAGCCACGCGACAAAAUUCGGCAGAUGGCCGUGGUGGACCUGACACACCAUCCGGGCCGCAAAGGUAACUGGUGGCCGGAGGAUUUCAAACCGAACCCGGAAACCAAUUUUGGACAGACCGAAGCGUUCAAAUUGCGUCGAAUCAACCCCAAGUACGCGCAUCCAGCGUUGCAGACACAGUUCAAGUACCAACAGCAGCAUUUGAAGCAGGAAGCCAUGAAAGAUUUCAAUCGGCUGGCAGGACAGGUGGAGCCGGUCACGCCUGGAGUGAAGCUGGUGUGGAGCGCUGCGGACUCUGCGUCGCUGCCGACGCCGCUCAAGACUCCCGACCAGGCGCUGAGCAACCCGAAAAUCGACCCGGUUUUCAAAUUCGAGAUCAACAAGUCCAACUACAAAAACUUCGACCUCAACCUCAACAGCAACAAAAUCAAGCUCUGGCUCGAUCUGCAAGACUCGCCGCCCGGCCACGAGCGGUCGGAGUUCCCGACGCCGUCGCAGUCGGAAGCAGACCGGCAGAAAAGCAUCAAGCGGGCCAAACUGGUGGCUCUGCAAAGAUUGUUCCAGACGGUGUUCAUGGUGCAACCAACAGACAAGUCAGGAACGUCGUACCAGCAGGUUGGCAAGUUUAUUUUCCGCAACGACGAAUGGAACGAGCUCGUGAGACGCAACGAGUUCCAAAUCGACGAGUCCAUCUUCUACAACGCCGAAUAG